UCUUGUGCCCUGCUAAAUUCGCGAAAUCAGUUGAGAAAAAAAACAACAGGGUGACAAUAGCGACAUUAGUUUUAAAAAAAAAGUUGAGCGUCCGUGCAUCUCAUUAUUAUUAUCUCAUUAUUAUUGAAAUGAAGCUGAAAAUUAAUUGAAUUCCAAAGAUUAAUUUUUCUGGAAAUCAGAAAAUCAUUAAAAAUGUCAGAAUCAAAUAAUAGAAGAUCAACCAGACAAUCAAGUCGUAUGCAACAACAAAAAGUACCAAGACGAAAAUCAUCGCCAUCACCAUCACCACCACCACCACCACUAAAACGACCCAGAUAUUUGGACAUCGUAGAUCCAGAUACUGAUGAUGAAAAUGAUAAUACCAUCACAAGUCCUGCUUUAUCUCAAAAUUUACAUGAUAAUCAUACAAUCAAUAAAUUAUCACAAGAAUUAAAAAAACUCAGUCAAUCUGAUGAAGUUGCCAAUAAAAUGGAUUGUGAUGAUGAAGAUGAUAUAGAAUUAUUAUAUCAUGAAAUUGAUGAAAUUGAAAAAAGACAAGAUACUGGUACAGCUGAUAAUGUUAUUGUCAAAAAACAAAGAAGUGAAUUGUCAACAUCAUUAAGUCAAGCAAGUAAAACAUCAUGGGUUGAAGUCUGUUUAUCACAAGAAAAUACUACACAAGCAAACAACACAACAAAUUUAACAACAAGUGAUUCAAAUGUUAAUGUGAUUGCUUGUAAUACAACAACGACAACAACAGAUGCAAAUAGUAUUGAUGAAUCAUUUAAAAUACCAGUUGUACCAGUACAACCACGUGCACCUUCACAUUCAAGAUCUAAAUCACAAUGUUCAUCGUCAUCACGACAUUCAUCAUCAUCAUCAUCAACAAGAUCUUCAUCAGUUGCUUCAUCUAAAUUUUCUCAAAGUAAUGCAAGCACUGCAAGUACUGCAAGUACUACAAGAAGAGGUAGACAAAAGUCAGCAGCUGAAUUAAAAUUUCCAGAUAUCAAAAAUAUGAAAGAACAAGUUAUUCAAAUGGGACUGAAAUCUUUACUGGGUAUUAAUAAAACACCAGAAAAUAAUUAUAAAUUAGAAUUUUAUAAUAGAUUAAUUGAUAGUGUUAGAAAAAUUUCAAAUUGGAGUGUUGCCUCGAGUCAUUUUAUUGAAUUUUUAAUUAACCAUAAAGGUGGUUGGAUGGUAAAUGAUAUAAUUAAAAAUGGAGCAUUAACAAGUCUAACAAAUGCUUUCAAUAUAAUGAGAAGUGAUUGUAAGAUUAAAUUUGAUGAAAAUUUAAAACAAUUACAUAAAGAAUAUACAAACUUACGACCAACUCCAAUCAAUGCAGACACUGAAAAAAUACCAUGUAAACAUGAUACAAAAGGUUUAUCUAGGAUUGUGGCUAAUGUUUGUAAAUCAUAUUGUACAAUAUUUCAAACUAAUAUUACAACACAUUGGUAUCAACGAUUAAUUAAAUAUAUCAAAAUUAUGAUGGACAAAACAUAUGCUGAAACAAAUAUCAGUAAUGGAAAUUGA